AUGGAAGCGAUUCUCGAGGAAAGAAUAACAAAUUGUGGGAUCUCAGCCGCAGGUAGGAGGAGAGGGGCUUUGCCCACGCAGGUGGAACCCAGACAAGACCGCACCGAGGAUCGGGAGGCUGGAACCAGCCCGGAGUGUUGGACGGCGCCGGGGGCUCAUCCCGGCAGCCGCGGCCGGGGGAUGACGCUCCCCUCGAGGCGGAGGGGGCGCGGGGAGCCGGGACCGAGCUGGGGGGAGCCGGGGCAGCUCCUGGUUCGGGGCACGGCGGGGACGGGGUUCGGCUCGGGGGCAGCUCCUGGGAUCAGGGCUCGGCUCGAGGGCAGCUCCCGACGCGGGGCACGGCGGGGACAGCGCUCGGCUAGGGGGCAGCUCCCGGGGACAGGGCUCGGCUCGGGGGCAGCUCCUGCAGGCUGCGGGUGGCGCAGCACCAGCCUCUCCUCCUCCUCCUCCUCCUCCUCCUGCGCCCGCAAUCCAGCGAGCCACGGCGGCGAUUCCGACCGGGUAAGAACAUACCUGCCCCCCACCCUCGGCCAGCCCUUUGUUUCUCAUCUUUUUAUUUCGUAUUUUCCGCAGCCUUGCUGCCCGCCCUGCGCCGCUCUCGCUCGGAAGGGAUGUGGAGAUCCCCGAACAGGGAAGCGGAUUUUGGGAGCGACCGUGCUGCGGGGAGAGGGGAUGGGCGGAAAUUCCCUCGCUCAUCACCCGAGCCCCUCUCCUGCCCGGGUGGCUCCGGAAUGCGUGCGGAAUUUUGAGCCUGGCAGGUUGAGGUUUCCAGAAUCUGCUGGGGAAAAGUCGGAAACCGCAGGAACCCAAGAUUCCUCUGGCAUCGCAUUGAAAACAAAGGAGAGACGUAGUGUGUGCCUGGGAUGGAUCAACAGCGCCGGGGAGCCCACGGGCAGCAGCACCAGAGCGGCAGAGUUCGGUACUGCAAUGUCCAUCGGACCUUUCCAUCGCAUGUGUGUGACAGAGGAACCCACAAAAUGUACAAAAAGAGAUUUGCUGCUAUGCUAAUGCCUUUCUGCUCUUUCCUUCAGGUUUCUUCUGCUCUCUAGUGAUGUCCUAGGCUGAACUUGCUUUGCAGCUCCUUCACACCAAAGGGAGCUUAAAUCAGCCAAGGAGGGUUUUGAGUCUGACCUACCUCACCCUCCCAAUGAAAGAGAUUGACUUCAUUAGUCCCUGGCUCAGACACUUCACAAUAAGGUGGAGUCUCUAUUCCAUACCAUCCAGAGGUGCAGUGGACAUAGCCUGCUCUUUAUUUCACUGUGCUCUCUUUCCCUCCCUGCCACCUUCUUUCACCUACAGAGCAGGACACCUUGGUUUCCUCAGGUAGCAUCAACUCUUCUGGUUCUUUUCCACUUUAAAUUGAAAAAGAAUAUUCUGCAAUUAUUUUCACUUCAUAGAAUCACAGAAUUAUGGGAAGGGACCUUAAAGAUCAUCUAAUUGCAGCCCCUUUACCCAUUCCACUAGAACAGGCUGCUCAGAAAUGAUUGUGUCCAUUACCAAAAGGCUAAAAAAGUUACUUUGGAAUUGCAACACAGAUCUUUCCCUGUGGUCAGCUCCAAGAGCUAAUUGCCCCACAGUUUGAUUUGAGCCCUUAAAAUCAUUCUGAAGCAGAGUUAAAGGGUUGUGGAGGAUUAUGAUGCCUUUUGUUCAGUGGUGUUAAUAACCUGUGGCCUUAAAAUAUGAUAUUAUAAAAUCUCAUUUUAGGGCAGAGUACUGAAGUCACAAAUAAUGGAACAAACUGUACUGAAAGAGGCAGAAACUUAGAUCCCCACCAAAAAUGCUAACUCCAGAUUGGGACCCUGUCUGCAGAAGAUUCGUGUGAGGGAGAAGUGGCACAUCAAAUUCCCUCUUCCCAAAAGCCUUUUUUGACCACUGAAUUAGAGGUCAUUAGAGUCCUUUGUCCUGUAAAUCUGCAUUUAACAGCAGUGUAUAUCUGUAUAAACACAUUUUAACAGCUUAUCCCAUAACUUUUUUUUUUUUUGUCUACUUCAUAUGAUCGACUACUUGGUUCUCUUUCUUCCAGAACCUGCUAAAUGCUUCUCUUUAACUACCAAAAAAUGUAAUUUAUUAACGCAGCUCUGUAGCUAGUCUUAGUUUGCAACAGGCAAACCUAUUAUGCAAACAAUACUGUCACCUUCUUGCAGUGACUUCCUUCUCCCAGCUUUAAUGAAUUCCCUGCAUGCUACUCUGCUGUAAAUUCUCCAUCUAAAAAUUCCAUCCACUGUGUGAUGUGUCAGGGGAAACCACACUUGACUUUUGAAACAGUUGGGAGGAGCAGAAUGAUAACCUACUAAAGUGCCUUGCCCUUAACAGAAAUUAUGGCAAGCAAUUAAAGUUGGAGCAAAAAGACUUAAGCUUUGGACUGCUUAUGUUCUUAGUGCUUUAACUGAGGUGAAAUUUUUUUUUAGAAGUCUGAUUUGAAUGUCAAAUUUGCAUACUUAUCCAGAAAACACAGGGAGUGCUUAAUUGCCUGUGUCCAGCAUUCAUAUUUUGCUUGGGAAGCAAUGCUUCACAUAUUCAUGAGUUUCAUUUCUAGCUUCUGUUUGCACCCAUCAAUUGCCCUGCAUAUCUAAACAAGGCCUGUAGUUGCUCAUUAGAGAAACAAAUGCGCCAUAUUUAGAAUAUCCCAGAGACACCUGGUCACAGAGGAGAUGCUUCUGCUCCCUUGGUGCAGUGGGUCUGGCUGGGCUGUGAAAUAAACACGGGCAGGCGACCUCUCUCCUUUUAAUGCCUUUAUUAAAAGUGAUCAGCUCGGGUGAGGAGAACCGACUGGUCUGGGCUCACGCUGCCACUGCUCCCAGGAGUGACUCGGAGGAGGAGGAAGAGUGCAGCUUCGUCCACUGGUCUGUGAGCGGAGCUGGGGGCUCGGUCCUCACGAGAGUAUAAAGACAUUCCCCAAUUUUUCACUUUAACAUUUGAGGUCCUCUGUCCUCUAGCUGACAUCUUUUAGGUUAGGGUGAAGAGUAAAAAAGGUCGUAGCGGAAACUAGAUUCUGUUCCUCACAUCACUUUGAUUUGUCAAUUUUGUGCUGUCUCGUUGUUUAUAGGGGGUUUUGGCUACGUUUGGUGAGGGGCUUCUCCUGUUGCAUGCUGGUUCCGAUGUCAUUUGCAUGUACCCCGAUGUCCCCUCCUCUUCACCGUCCUUGGGUGCCAUCCUCCAGGAAGCAGCAGGGUGUCACUGGACAAAAGGGGGGAAUUCUGAACCAUCAAGGACAGGUAGUUAACGAAAACGACAGGUGAUUACAACAACAAACAGUUAGAGCUCCACCCUGGCAGACACUGGCCCAGCCUGUGAACUCUGCAACCUUUAAAAAAAAUUGGCAGCUUUUCUACUCAUAUCAGGCAGGGUUCAUGCUGCCAGAGCAUCCCUCGGUGCUGUGCUUUGCCCUGGGAGCUGGAAGGAGCAGAUAACACAUCAGCCUUGGCUGCUGCUGGGCAGGGCUGGCACAGCUCCACUCUGUCUCUCAACAUUCCCUGCCAUGGAGGGGCAGGGAGAGAGCACAGCCACGCCAGCUGCCCCAGACUGACCAAAUGGGCAGUCCAGAGCAUUCAGGCACAAAAGUUAAGUGGGGGUGGGGGAUUAGGGAGGAGGAUGUGUUAUUUUCAACAUUUACCUUCCAGAGCAGCAGCUCCAUGUGCUGCAGUCCUGCUUCACAGGAAGAAGCCAGACCUUGCUAGCUGGAUAGAGCAGCUCAGUGGGCACCUUGCAUUAACAGAGAUAUGAUUCACUUGAUAAAAUUAUGCCCACUGAGUUUUUCCUCCCUUGCAGAGGUGUCGCAUGCACAUUUUCUGAAAAAUCCCUUCAUCCAGGAUUUUUCUCCUGGAAAGCUGAGAAGAAGGAAAACAAUAAUCAUCUGAUUUGUUUCUCCUGUGUUUCGCUCAUGUGGAAUGUGUUUGGAGAUUGUUUACCCACAGGUGAUUGUUUCAUUGGAUUCUGCUGUGAGUUGUUUUGACUCUUCGGCCAACAAGUGCCAAGCUGUGUCAAGACUCUGGAGAGAGUCAGGAGUUUUCAUUAUUAUCUUUUUGGCAUUGAGCUCUUGCUGUCAUUGAAACACCAGUUUCCUAGAGAGAAUAACCUCUUAGAAGAAGUGGUAUUUCUCCACUAGAAGGUGUUAAUUGCAAGACCUGUAAGCUGAACUCAGCAGACAUAGCCAGACAGAUAUGUCUAGGAGGAACACAAAAGCACCUGAGAUGUGGAAGCACAAACUUCUGUAGGGCCUGCCAGCUUCCUGAGCCCUAUUCUUGAAAGAUUAAGAUUUAAGAUUUAUUCUGUUGAACCUUCCCAGCUGCUGUCAUCUGUGCCAUGUGAGGUUCUCUUCAUGGCUGUCCUGGGACAGGCUUGGUUUACGCUUGUUAAUCCUUGAGGGAUAUAAGGCAAAGGAUGUCUGCUGUCACACAGUGUGAGAGGGAAAAUCAGCACUUCAAAGUGCUCCCAACCUUGAUAUUAAAGCUGAAAAGGUCAGCAGGAAAGGAGUUAUCUUCAAAUCCAUGAGACAAUGACAACAGCAAUGUGCUGCAAUACAUUCCUCACUCUAUUACUACUUUUUUGAGUUCAGACAUAUCUUGCCAAUGUUUCAAUGACCAAUAGCUAUGCAGGGAAAAAGAUGGGUUUGCCAUUUUUAAAAUAUCUUCUGAUGUAUUCAGGUAUUUCUUCCACCUAACUGGACUUAAUCACACAAGAGUCUCUGUUAAUUUCAAGAAAUGUUUGUAGAGAAAAAGGUAAAGGAGCGGAUGCAUUUGAAAUCAUGUUGAAGUGUUGUGGUGGAGAUUCCUGUGCCUGUUUUUCUUUAGAAAAAUAUAUUCAGUUACUGAGAAGGCCUAUGAAAGUAGUAUAAUCUGUAUUUCUGUAGUUGAUAUGAUGGAAAGAGAAUGGAGGCCCCUCUGCCACAAGUGCUGACUUUACAAGCAGUGUGAGGAGCACUGACCUCUGCAGAUUUGUAGAGGAAUUGAGGUGUAAUUUUAGUGUGCUUGUGUUUAAAUAAAGGAGUCAUGCACCUCCUGUUGCAUUUUAGCCCCAUGUGACCUCAGUAUUGACACACAGAGCUAGAAAAAAAUCCUACCAUUGGUGCUGAUAGUCAGAAAGGAGUCCCUUCCAGACCAGGCAAGGUAUUAACACAAAAAGCCUCUUCCUAUUCAGUUUGGAUCUGAAAUGCAUUUGAAUUCAUGGUGUAGGACAGAAAAAGAGCUGCAAUUAAUAGAAGACCCCUCAAUUAAUUUUCUGUGGCACUCAUAAAAGAACAAGACCCACAUUCAGAAAAAAAUGAGUGUUUGGAAGGGUGGUGGAGUCAAGUAAAGUUCAGAUGAUUCUUUGCAGAGUCAAGGAAUUGCAAAAUAGAAAGGCAGAGUUUUGCAAAGUGGCUGUGCUGUGAAGAAAAACUUGUAGAGAAUGCAACUUGCAUUUAGAAAAUAGAUUAUUUUACAGAUAUUGGUUCCAUUUGAUAGUCAUUCCCUGAAUAACAUCUGCUGCAUUAUCUCAAUAAAUCUGGUUAUCUCCCACAGAAACGAGCUGAGCAAAAGAUCUGCAGUAAGUUUUGAAAAUAACCUUUGUUAUUAUGUGUCAUUAACUCGUAAGAAUCAAACUACAUGGCCACUAAUGACACUGAACAAGAACAAUACAGUUUCUUGAACAUUCUGUUCCAUGCAUUUCCAGUCUCUAGCCUGCACGUAAAAUACAGCAAUUUUACAAGCAUUUCUCAUUUGCCUAGGCUAUGGAGUUAAUGAGAUAGAGAAAGCAUGAAGAAUUUGUAUGGAUGAACUCCAUUUACCUAAUUUUCAACCCAAACAUAACAAUAUGAAAAAUAAGUGUUAUGUGUAUAAAAUUGUGUGGGGUGUUUUUGGUUUUUUUUGUUUGUUUGUUUGUUUGUUUGCUUUUCACAGUUCUUGUCUUGCAGCAGUCUGGGUUAAGUCAUUGUGGCACACAACAGGUAAGUGUCUUGUCAACAGCCAUCACCCUUUUGACAUUUCUCCCAGCUGCUGGGGAGUAGAGCAGGGAGAUAUCAGCUUCUCUUCUCAGUCACAAUAGAAAGGAGGCAGUAAAAAAAAAUAAACAAAGCCAAAACUUCCUCUUCCAUCAUUUAUUUGAUUAUGUUCUCCAUUUGUCAGAGCAGCAGAGCACAAAGGCCACAUGGAUUUUGUGAAGCACUCUGGCUUGUAAGCAUACAUUUAAAACUUCAGCAGAUGAGGAUGGCUCCGUGGCUUUAGCAUGUGUUUUCAGCAAAUCACAUGCCAGCAGGAAUUUAUUCUUUUGAAGUGUUGCAAAAUGCCAGAGCCAUGUUUCAGUUGCAUUUCUUCAAAUGAGGUUGGAGAGAAAGUAAAUGAAAUCUCAGAACCUGGUUCAAAAAGACAUAAGCUCAGUUUCAAGUUAGCUGUGUUGAUUUUGCUGAACCCUAGAAAUAACAUUCACUUUGUGGCAUAACUCUGACACAGCAGAACACUGUCUUGUUCCUAGUAGAACAUUAAGAAACCAGACAUCCAAUCUCUUGCUUGUUUUUUUAUCAGAUAAAGACAUGAAAUGUACCACUGCCAAAGUGUAUUAACAUGGGAUAAUGUCAAUGUCCCUAUUAGGUGUACACUUUAAAUGACAGAGUAAAAAAAACCCUAUAAGGAUAACAACAGCACAACCCUCGGGAAAUAUUCUCACUGAGAACUACUUGGACAGUCUAGAGGAAAUGGAAGGUCUUCUCAACCUGGAAGUUAUUGGGCAAUUAGUUGUAUGUAAGUCUAUA